AUGGAAAGUUCCAGAAAAGCACAGGUGGAAGGGUUACCGGUGGCCGUUAGACACUGUGGCGGCAGGCAGAAAAACACUGAUCCCAACUUCCCUUUCUUCCGAUUUGCAAUGGGAUACUUCUUUACUCUGACGACACAAAAAGGAGAGGAGAAGCCGCAGCUGUUCCGCCAAUCUUCUUUGGUGGAAGAUGUCGGUACACACUCACAAAUUUCAACGCAACAAAAGUUCACACUUGCCAACUCCACCGAAACAGCUUGA